ACACCCGCUGACAGCCCAACAGGAACACUCACACCGGCGCUGCGUGGCAGACUGCGUAGGUAGGCAGGUUAACAGGUUGUGCAAGAGGUGAGGGAGUAAACACCGCCCAUCAGGUGUGUGUGACUGUGUGACUGUGUGUGACUCACGUCUCCACCACCGAAGAGAAGUUUCACGAAAAAAAAGGCUCAUUUUUACCACGACAGUCUGCGGAGAAGGGACAUAAACAGAGGAAUUAAGACGCCGGAGCUGAGGGCAAUAUAAAUGUUUGAUCACAUGUAUCGGAUAUGGACUCUGCUUCUUCUGGGAGGAUUCGUCUUGCCAGGUGUGCGACAUGUCAGCGGAAUGGAUAUUUACACGCCGAAAGAGGUGGAAGCGGCCAACGGGACAAAUGUGAAACUGAAGUGCACCUUCAGUUCCAGUCAUCCGGUGUCGACUAAGUCCGUCACAGUGUCCUGGAACUUUAGGCCCUUAAAUUCAGGAUCGGAUGAGUCGGUGUUUUACUACCAGGACGUACCGUACCCUCCAAAGGAUGGACGUUUUAAAGACCACGCGGUUUGGUCGGGAGACAUUAUGAGAAAAGACGCUUCCAUCACGCUGCAUGAGGUGCCCCCGACCUUUAAUGGCACCUUCAUCUGCCAGGUGCGCAACCUUCCAGAUGUGCACGGCAGCAGCGGAGAGAUCGUCCUCAAAGUGGUCAACAAAGUGUCCCUCUCUGAGAUCGGCAUCCUGGCAGCGGUGGUUGGAGGCGCCUGUGCUGUAAUCCUGAUUAUCCUCGGUAUCAUCGUGGCAGUGAGGUUUUACAAGGGAAAGAACACCAGCACGGACAUUGAGAUUCCGUCGCGGGAAAGCGUGUGGAAGGACCCGACCGUGUGUUCACCUGAAGAGGCCGUUCAUCUGACAGUUGUGAUGAAGAAGAAAGCCUCCAUUAGUUCAGAUGAUGAAGGGUCUGAACCCAGCAGUGGAGAUGAUGAGGAAGAGGAAGGCCUUGAGGAGGAUGAUGAUGAUGAUGACGAUGACGAUGAUGACGACGACGACGACGACGACUACGGCGGCGGCGAUGAUGAUUGAAUGGAUACACUCAAUUGAAUAGAAUUGUCUUUCCCGUUUUAACAUCCGCCUUUUUGCUUUUCACUUAAGCGAUUGAAAUGUUUAUAUGAUGUGUAAUUUAGAGUACUUUAUUGCUUUUAAAUGACUCAUUAUGGUCACUGAUGUACACCUUGCAUUUCUGUAAAUAUAGUCUUUAAUUUUAUCACAAUCUUGCGCUGACAUUACCCACAAUGCAACUUGCCUGCCAGCUGUUCGGUCAGAUUUGAGUGUGUUAUGCUAGUAGUAGCUAAUGUAGCCUUGAGCUUCUAUCCUCAAGCAGAGGUGAUGAGCGGCUACAGAGAUCUCGUGGUCUUCACUCUCUAACUCCACACUACCAGAUUUUCUUCUCAUUUUCGGACAUGUAGUCUUCAGACCCAACCGUCACUGACUCAAGUGACAUCAUGUGAGGCAGGAUCAGACUUAACCCAGCUCCCUCCGGGGCCACUAAAGGCUUCAUUUUUUUUAUACAUAUGCAGUAGUUCUCCCAACCACCUGUAAACAGGCUGGUCUUACUGUCGGUGUUCCCCUUUAAUUUCUGUGUGGUCUAUGGAUGUGGAUUGAUGGAUGAGAGUUCGUUAUACAUGACUGCUUUAACUUUGCUUCUUUGUGCUAAUUUGACUGCCCCUGCUGCUGGAAAGCUAUUGCCUUAGAUCAACGUUCUGAAAGCUUAUGAAUUUUCAUGUAAAAUAAAUGGACUAUAGAUUUUUAAAGAGAGGAGCCAGUUUAAUUUGGCUCAUUGCUACAAACACCCCAUACUAGUGCAGAUAGCGUUUGUUUAACUAUGGCGUGGCCAGAUAUUUCUCCUGUUCAAUUCCUGAAAGCAUCAGUCGAGAGAAACACAAAUCAAAAUUUUUGAAAAAAGUGUGUUUUUGCAGAUGGUUUUGAAUGCUGCCGGAAAUUAUACAAAAGAACGGGUGCCAUAAUUUAAAUUUUGCUACCAGAAAGUCCAGCAUGAUAAUGGGAGUGAUCAACAAAGCAUGGUGUUUACUACGUUGCACAAUUAGUUUUGUAUUUAGUUUUUGUACAUAGUGUAAAGUAAGCAGAAAUUCUCAAGUUUUUUAAAGUCCUGACAUGAUAUGAUGUUAUGAUAUAUAUAUCUCUGUUUAACAACUUUGGAAUAAAGAACUGUUUUUAAAAUGAUAA